UGCGGGUACCCUUCACGUGGCUGGAUUGGACUCAGGUCGGUUCCUAGUCAACACAAGUCAGCUCGAUGGUCCUGCCGAUGUUUCCACGAACAUGACACACCAAUUACGAUCGCUUGAGGCAUCUUGCUAGAACGUCCUGUCAGAACUUAUAGCCAGCGAUUCAGUUUUGGGUAGCCAUUACUCAGCCAUAUCAAUCGCCCAGGCACCCGUUCCGGUCCCGAGAUCCAGGAUACGUGACACUCCAUUGGAGAUCGGAGCACAGUACAACUCUCCGCCGAGGACGAGAUUGAAUAUAUGAUGGUGCUUUCCGACAAAUUAUCAGGAGGCGUUUCAACAUUGGAGCGGACCACCAACAAUAUCCAGACGCUCUUGUUCUCUUUCGUCGUUUGGCUUUGGCAAAAAUCCACCGGUCAGUAGGUUUCUCUUCCAGAACCACGGAUGGAGAGCGUACGAUAACAUAUUCGCCUUCUCGGUACGCAUGAUAUCGGCGACCAUUCUAGAAGAAACUUCUAUCAGUUGUUCUUUCCUUUACCAAUGGUUGUAUCGACUGGCCUCGUAUCUGAUCCUGAAUGAGCACAUCCUCUGCAUCUAGAAUGCAAAAGGAGGAUUGGUCUUACCUAUAAUUCAACACACUCGAAGUUAUUGAAGCUGUAGAGUUGCCGGCUCUGUUCAGGGCAGGCGAUCCUUCGUCAGCUCACGACCUUGAUCAUGGCUGGGCGAAGCGUCCUACAAACUUCCAGUGUCCAACUCAUCAUCAAAGGCGGCAUCGUCCUAGCUAGUGUUCAGUGCGAUAGCGUUGAGAAGGGAUCCGGAUUGGACAGACUUCCGCCGCAAUUGCCGGUUGUGUUGGGUUUGAUUGUGUGUCUUCAUAGCCUGGGGGUUGAGUCGUCUCGGGGCCAGACAUGUUCCCUCGAUGGUGGUAUAGAGAUUACGAGUGUGUCCUCCGAGUUGGUCGUAGUUGGGGCGUUUCAGAGCAAGAGCAUCGAGUCAUUGAUAGGGACGCAGGAACAUUUGAGAUGAUGUAGGUCACGG